AUGUAUAAUAAUGGCAAGCGAAGAUCACCUGGUUUGCUGGGAACGCAUGGAUUUAAUUUUGGUCCAGGUUUCGGAUUUCGUGAACUGCCUGCCGGAAGUGCUGGCUUCGAGACAUCUAAUCAAGCUACAGCAAAUGGUGCUGGCUUGAGUCAAUACAAUCGAAACAACAACAGUCCCGUAAAUCUCUAUUUGGGACAUCAAAGCCCGGAUCCAAAUAAUUAUUCCGGCAAAGAUUACAGCACACAUCUUCAAAAAGAAACGUCUUCAUCUCGUGGAAAUUCCCCCAUAAACGGUCGCUUAAAUAAUUCUUACUCCGAAAGUCCGGAACAGGCACAGAACUCACAUCAGCAACGUCAAGACAAUAACAACAGUCCCGGAGAAAGUUCACGCUCCUUUUCUAGUCAAAAGAACGACCAAGACGCGCAUUUAUUGAGCUCGGGGUAUCCGCAUAGCCCGACAAACGACAGCGUGGGGUCUCGUAGUCCGGAGAACUUGUCGUCGCCUCCGUCGUCAGCGAAUAAUAAUAAUAACAACAACAAUAAUACAAAGUAUAAUAACAUUAACGAAAUGCUGGAUCACAAGUUGCAAUUGAGUUUCUUGGGGCCGCCGCUUGCCGCCUUGCAUUCCAUGACGGAAAUGAAGGGACAAAAUAGCCCGAAUGCGCCACAGGGCACAGCUGCCAAUCCGCAUGGAAUUGACUCGAUUUUGUCUAGACCACCGCCGGUAACUAGUGCUGGAUUAAAUGCCUUAGCAAGUGCCAUGCCACGUUUCUCAAUUGCGGCAGCAGCUGCCAAUAUGGCGCAAUAUUUGUCGCAAAGUCAGUCAGCGCAACUCAAAGCAGCGCACGGAGGCUCCUUCGAUCGCACGCAUCUCUAUUGGCCCGGAUUACAAGGACUUGUGGCUAACCCCAUGGCAUGGCGGGAACGUUUGGGUUCAAUGUCAGCUAGUUUAUCUGGAGCACACCACAACCAUCACGACAAAGAUGGCAAAAAGAAGCACACCCGACCCACAUUCAGUGGCCAGCAAAUUUUCGCACUCGAAAAGACUUUCGAACAAACAAAGUACUUGGCUGGACCAGAACGUGCAAAAUUAGCGUAUGCCCUUGGAAUGACUGAAUCACAAGUUAAGGUUUGGUUCCAAAAUCGCCGAACAAAAUGGCGCAAAAAGCACGCCGCUGAAAUGGCCACAGCCAAGCGGAAGCAAGAGCAACUAGGGGGCGCUGCGGACGACGACGACUGCAGCGAACCUAUGGACUCGGAUGCCGAAAGCAUAGAUCUCGAAAGCACAAAUGGCGGUCGAAAAAGAUGUAGAAUGGACGACGAUAUGCGACAGUAG